AAAUGAGAGCUCACUUCCUCAUUGUGGACGCUGCUGCGUGUGGCAAGCUCUUUUUAAAGUCAGUCCAGCUCGCCUCCCGCUGCCUGGAGCAUCUCUGGAGUGAGAGCCACACUUGAGGGAGACCAUGGGGACCCCUGCUCACGCUGCCGUCAGAAUGAGAUGGCUGUUUUGGGUGCCCCUGGUGUGCUCCCUGGCGAUGGAGCAGCUGCAGAGAGACCCUGCCCUGGACCACCACUGGCAGCUCUGGAAGAAAGCCCAUAAGAAAGAAUACAAGGACCAGAAUGAAGAAGAAGCACGGCGUCUCAUCUGGGAGAAGAACCUGAGGUUUGUGACACUCCACAACCUGGAACACACUCUGGGAAUGCAUUCAUACACCGUGGCCAUGAACCACAUGGGAGACAUGACCAGUGAAGAAGUCCUUUUUGGGAUGAGCUCCCUGAGACUGCCCAGACACUGGCAGAAAAACAGUACUCUCAAGUCAAGCUCUAAUCAGAAACUGCCUGAGUUUCUGGACUGGCGGGAGAAGGGGUGUGUCACUGAAGUGAAAUACCAGGGUUCUUGCGGGGCCUGCUGGGCCUUCAGCGCUGUGGGGGCCCUUGAAGCCCAGCUGAAGCUGAAGACGGGGAAGCUGCUGUCUCUCAGCGCUCAGAACCUGGUGGACUGCUCCACGAAAGCAAAAUACGGGAACAAAGGCUGCGGCGGCGGCUUCAUGACGGAGGCUUUCCAGUACAUCAUUGACAACGGCGGCAUCGACUCAGAAGCCUCCUAUCCCUACAGAGCCAUGGAUGAAAAGUGUCAUUACAACGAAAAAGACCGAGCUGCCACCUGCUCAAGGUACACGGAGCUUCCCUCUGGUGACGAAGAUGCCAUGAAAGAAGCAGUGGCCACUAAAGGACCUGUGUCUGUGGGCAUCGAUGCCAGCCACGCCUCCUUCUUCCUCUACAAAAGUGGUGUCUACGAUGACCCCGCCUGCACUGACAAGGUGAACCAUGGCGUGCUGGUGGUUGGCUAUGGGAGCCUUGACGGGAAAGACUACUGGCUUGUGAAAAACAGCUGGGGCCUUAACUUUGGUGAUCAAGGAUAUAUUCGAAUGGCAAGAAAUAAGAACAAUCAUUGUGGGAUUGCUAGCUAUGGCUCGUACCCAGAAAUGUAAACAAUCUCUUCUUUUUCUAACAAGUCAUGAAGAUGGAAUUCACUCUAACUUGCUAGCACCACCUCUCUCCAGAGGAGACCAGCCUGUCAUGAUCAGCGUGUAAUUACUGUCUAACUAGGUUACAGUUCGUUCCCUUAUCCCAGGCCCUCUCUCUGAAAACUCUGUGAGCGAGAAUGGACUGUAGAUGGGGUGCUGUCAGAGUGUGUCCCAGGAUAUUCAAGUUUGCUUUUUCUGUAUUUUAUACCCUGCUGUCCAGCGUCUUCUAAUAACCUCCUGUAACGUGAUAGCCCCAAAGUGCUUAAUAAAUCUGUCGUUUCAAAUCU